UCUACCUUCCUUUACACGCUCUCUGAAGUGUUUUCUUUACAGUCUAUGCUAACAACACAUUUCAAAAUACAGUAGAAUAUGAGCAUUUCUGCAGUAAUUCACUGAAGGAUGCAGUUACAUAAUUAGCGACGGAUGCAUUUUUGAUGAAAAAAAAAGAAUUCCUGCUGUGUCGUACGUAAUACCCAUGGCGAACUGUUUUCAUGGACUCAAGAGUUUUGGAGCGCAAGCGCCAUAUCCCUGGAUUCGCUCGCAGUGUUUGUCCAGCCUGAGCAUCUUGGGAGGUGUGUAUGCUGCCCCGGAGACAAACAGACUGGUGGCUUCGGGACAGACCCGUGGGAUGAGAACCACCAGCACUGCCGGCGUCGUGAUAAAGCGGCUUCCCUUCUCCAGGGUCUCCCAGCAGGACUUGGCUUUCUUUGAGAAGGCGCUGCCUGGAAGGACCAUCACAGAUCCGGACGUGCUGGCAUCCAGCAAUGUCGACUGGCUGAAGUCUGUGCGUGGGUCCAGUGAGCUUCUCCUGAGACCCCAGACUACUGAAGAUGUCUCUCAGAUUCUCAGAUAUUGCAAUGAGCGGCGAUUGGCAGUAAACCCCCAGGCUGGGAACACGGGCCUGGUGGGUGGCAGCGUGCCCGUGUUUGAUGAGAUCAUCCUCUCCACCUCCCUCAUGAACCGCGUUCUGCACUUCGACCAGGUGUCCGGAGUCCUUACCUGUCAGGCAGGCUGCGUGCUGGAGAAUCUUUCCAGCUACGUGGAGGAGCGUGACUUCAUCAUGCCCCUAGACCUUGGUGCCAAGGGCAGCUGCCAAAUUGGGGGGAACGUGGCCACCAAUGCGGGGGGACUUCGGCUCCUUCGCUAUGGCUCCCUACGGGGCACGGUGCUGGGCUUGGAAGUGGUGUUGGCCGAUGGGAAGGUUUUAAACUGCCUUACAUCCCUGAGGAAGGACAACACGGGCUAUGACCUCAAGCAGCUGUUUAUUGGCUCGGAGGGCACGCUCGGGGUAAUCACAGCUGUGUCGAUCCUGUGUCCACGGAAACCAAAAGCAGUCAAUGUGGCCUUCUUAGGUUGUUCUAGUUUUCAGCAACUGCUGAAGACGUUUCAUUGCUGCAGGGGCAUGCUGGGGGAAAUUCUGUCUGCCUUUGAAUUCUUAGACAGUGCCUGCAUGAGGUUACUGGAGAAGCACCUGAAACUGAAUAAUCCCAUAAGAGAGAGCCCAUUCUACAUCGUCAUUGAAACGGCGGGGUCCAACGCCAGCCACGACGAGGAAAAGCUACACGAUUUCCUGCAGGAAGUUAUGGCACUUUCGCUGGUGACCGACGGAACCGUGGCCACCGAAGAUGCCAAAAUCAAGGCACUCUGGGCUUUAAGGGAGCGAAUAACAGAGGGAUUGACACACGACGGUUACACCUAUAAGUAUGACAUCUCCUUGCCCGUGGAGAAGAUUUACCAGCUGGUGGAAGACAUGAGGGAGCACCUUGGAGACAAGGCCCAGAAUGUUGUUGGUUAUGGGCAUGUUGGUGAUGGGAACCUCCACCUGAACAUCACGUCCCAUUCUAGAGACCCUGCUCUGCUGACGGCCAUCGAGCCGUAUGUGUAUGAAUGGACCGCCAGGUGCCGAGGCAGCAUCAGCGCUGAGCAUGGAUUGGGCCUGAAGAAGAGGAACUACAUUCAGUACAGCAAGCCUCCAGAGGCCGUGGCCCUCAUGGGGGAUAUCAAACGCAUGCUUGACCCACAUGGGAUCCUCAACCCUUAUAAGACCCUGCCAGACAACUGCUGAGAAGAGAGGCCAGGCUGUCGUUCCAGGCCGUUAAACUGGACUCCACUCAGGGAUUAUGAGUUGAAAUGCGUGUUGUGGGGGGGCAUGACUGUUUAUACAUUUCAGGAUUUUUUUUGACCUGACAUGCUCUUACAUAUUGCUUUACAGCAAGAUUACAGCAACCUUUCAAUACAUUUCAGUGUGAAAGAUUACUAACGGGCCCGAACAAACAUUUUUCUUCCUCUUCACCACCCACACGAAGUGGUCCUGGAGCCAUGCUACUGUUCAUGGCCAGGCACCAUCUACAAAGGAGAGACGAGUGCUGUGAACAUCUUUAUUGCAUGUAAAAAAAAAAAAAAAAAAAAAAAAAGAAAAGCGACAUAAAAACUGGAUUUAAACAAACGUGCUUCUUUAAAACAAAUAUAUCCAAACAAAUACCAUAAAUGCCUUUUUCGCAAAUACUUAAAUGCAGAAAGUUUAAGUUCCGAUAUUUAAAUACUUGUAUUUGUGUAGUGUGGAUUGGCUGUUGUCCGAUAAGAGCCGACUGUAGAGCUUAAUUUGUAAAGCACCGUUUCGUCGUAUAUUUGUAGUGUCUCAAAUGUAUUACUAGUGUUAAAAUCAGUGCCUGUACUUACUGAUUGCUUAUGCGUCCUUGUAACAGGACGUUUCUGACAAUAAAUAAUAAUAAUAAUCAC